AUGCCUCCAGUUUUGCGAAAAAGAAAACAGGUGCCUGAACCAGGGGAAGAAGAAACUUGUGAAAAGAAACCAAAAAAUGAGGUAAUUUUAAAGUUUAGCCGAUUCGAAUGAAAAUAUUAAUUUUCUCAAAGUUGCAGCCAGAAUCGACUUCGUGGUUUGAUAUUCCAUUGGAAAUGCGCGAAAUGGUUAUUGAUAAAAUGGAUGCAAAAACACGUUGUGAAUUUACAAGAUGUUCGACAAAAUGCGAAGAUGAAGUAAAAGCAUCGAAAAAUCAUUUAUACAGUUUGCAUGUUUUCGAUUGUGAAACAAGUGUUUAUAUCAGUUUCAAAUUCGAAAAAGAAGCACGUUUUCAUGAUUUUUGUAUGAAAUUCAGAAAGUCAUACGAAAAAGAGACGAAAAUUUGGUAUAGAGUAUGUAUGUUUGAUGAUUGGGAUGAUGAAGAUGAAGAUUGGGAACCGGAUGCACAAAGAUAUUUUGGUGAUUUUGGACAUUCGAAAUGGAGAAAAAAAGAGGAAGGAAAAUGGCAAACUGUUGUCUUGAAAUAUUUGAAAAAUUAUCUAGAAGUUUAUAAAAAUUCCAUUAGAGAAUUAGAAAUUUUUGUAAGUUUUUUUUUUCCGGAUGAUAUUCCUCGAGUGAACGCUAAAAGGAUUAAUAAAAUAAUUUUCAGCAUUAUUCCAUGCCGCUCAAAAACAUUGAUAUCAAAAAUUUGAAACGGCUCGAGCAUCUCGAUGUCAGAUUUGAAAAACCGAGAUGCAAAAAGAUCUUCUCAAAAUUGGUUUUCUCGAUCUCCGUCAGGUAUUUUUUAGCUAACACUAUUAAUUUUUUUGUCUUCUAAUUAAUUUUUGUUCAGAUUUCAAAUCUUCGAACAUGCUUCAUACCUGACACAAACUUCACAUUCGAACAAAUUUGCCAUUUCAAAGGAAAAGUUUUGUAUGUAA